AUGGAGAGCAGCUCCCAUAGAAAGUUAAUGGCAAAGCAGAGGCGCCCUGCAGCGGUGGCUCGGUUCCUAAACAUGUUUUCGUUGGAAGAUCGUCAUGCGGCUACAAAUACGUUGCUUCUUCUUGGACUACGAGCAUACAAACAGGCUGUCGCGACCGCGCCGGCCGACCUACACACCCUGCGCUCUGUUGUGGAAAUGUCGUUUGUAGAGGAGGAUGGCGCGGCGGCCGGUCGUGAGACGGAGAAAUUGAAAGUGAAUAAUAGUAGGGACAAGGUGAACGAUGCAAAUAACAUGUGCAAUACGCAUUCAUUUGAUGUUGUUAAAAAGGCGACUUCUGCCUUACCUCAUAGCGGCUUAACGCCAUCGCUAGCGUCAUUACCUCCUGAAGAAAGAGCCGCGAAGGGAACAGGUGAGGCGCAAACAUUCGGUCUUAACAACAGUGGUGUUUCUUUUGCCAGACUGGCGCCAAGAGCAGAAACACCAAUGCCGAAGCUAGAAACAGGCUCUAUGGAUAUUCAAGGGAGUUUCAACACAGGGUACCCGUGCCCAACGAGUUUUAAUGACUGCGGCUUUAGCUGUAGCUGCAGUAGUAGUAGCUGCGGGUGUGUAAGCAAUGCGCAUAAAAGAUUAUCGUCUCAGUCUCCGGCCUUGAGUUUUAUAUUGAACGAGGCCUUGGGAAAUGCGUUGAAGAAACGCAUUAGGUCCAAUCAUGCAGGGGAGGCAAUGGACAGCUCUGCAGUUGGAGUCGCAACCGUCUGUCCAGAAGACGAUAAGUUAACCAAUCACGAUUCCAUUUUCUGCAAUGUUAGCGAGGGGGCUAGUGAAGAACAAAGUCAUGCAGUGGAUCCCACGGUGUAUGUCUCUUUGAAUAGCACAGUUGUUCCUUCUUCAUGUUGCGAUUAUCAUUAUUACCCCCUGAGGUUUCUCCAGCAUGUCAUGAAACGCAUUGAGGACACCCGGGGAGUGCGAGAGAAUCCUGUUCUUGUCGCGUCUUCUAUUCCACAGUCUGUGGCUUUCUACACGCUUCAUGCAAGCUUUGAAAACCUUUAUAGAAGUUUGCUGGUAUCUUACCAUCUCUCCUUUAAGAAGGGCAAGAGCUCGUUUCAGCAGAAAGAGAAAUUAAAUUUGGCAUUUACGUAA